AUGAAUGAUAAACAGAGAUGGUAUACACUUUCUUCUACUGCUAAUACGUUUAAUGGUGCCAAUUUGAAUAUAGUUUGGGAUAAGGAGAAUACAUAUUGGUCAAAAUUGGCCUCCACAUCAUCUUAUCCAUAUCCAAAACUGAAUGAUUCAAAAUAUUGCAAUGAACUGGGGAAUUUAAAUAAGUUAGAUAUAUGUCAGGACCUUUAUUGGUCUGCAGAUGGUACCUCAUUGGUUGCCAUCAAUGAUGAUUACGGAAUAAGACAAUAUUUAAUCCCAGAAUCUGAGAAUUGUGAUAAUGAAUCCAUGUUAGUCCCUUUUACUAGAACAUUCUCUCCAAGAUCAAUAAUAGCAAGUGCAUUAUCUCCUACAUAUUCAUUGUUUAAUGAAAAUCGAUCAGGUAAUAUGUUAUUGAUUUCUGGUAGAGAUGUACCGUUACAAAGUUACCAACUAGACACAGAUUCUACAUCAUGCUCUAAGCCAUCUAUGACUUACAAUACAUUGAAUGACAAAAUUGAGAGGUAUGAUAUUAUAUUUUCAAUGAUAUUUAUAAAUAGUUCUCAAUUUAUAACAGGAUCUGUGAAUAACAAAAUUUCACUUUAUGAUGUUCGAAGGAAGGAGCCAGUAGUAUCUUUCGAUAGGUUCAAAAGAGAGCAAUCCUCAUCAAAAAGAAAGUCAAUUAUAUCCUGUUUUAUUGAUCGUGCUAAUAUAGAUUGUAAUAAUAGAUAUCCUAACAUUGUCUAUUUUGGAACUUACGGAAGAGAAAUGGGUGUCGUUGAUAAGCGUAUGGCUAGUCAAAGAAGGUUAUUAAACUUUCAACAUGGGAAUGGGGUUUAUCAAAUAUUACCGUCAUUCAAUGGUCAUUUCCUAUAUAUUUUGCAUCGUUCUUCAAAUACUAUAGAUAUAGUGGAUGUUCGAAAAGACAACAAAGUUAUAAACCAAUUAAGGAUUCCCUAUAAAAUUGGAACCCAGAAAAUGAAGGGGACCUUAUCAGAGACCAACGGAUUAAUGCUAGGUACUGAUUAUGGAUCAGUUAUAAAUUGGCAAAGUGAUAUGAUCGAGUUUGGAGGUCUUGCGUCUGAUGGUUCGAUUGUUAAAGACUAUCAACAAUCAGUAAGUGAAUGUCUAACUUCUUUUACAGGUUCUAGAAUUAAUAUUGUCCAACAAUGCCCUCAAGGAAAUGAAUAUUUUGCCAUAUCUUAUUCUCCAGAUAAGUUUUCUGAUUCAGAUAAAACUUCCGCUGUCAAAUCAGGAAUAUCUCUGCUUAGAGCCUCUAUAGACUGA